AUAGCAGAGUUUUAAUUUUUUCUUCUUCAUAUUUUCAUUUUCGGGAAGCCUAUCCGCUCAGGGAUCUUCAUAACGCUUAGUGGCACUUCCGCUUCCGGUUUGACCGAGGCGCGCAAUACGAAAAGAAACGCGGGCAGGAUCUACUCGGUAAAAUGAUGCCCACGGUCUCCACCAGGAAGAGGAAGCUGUCCUCUCUAGACCAUGACAGUCAUCCAGCCAAGAAAGGAGUCAGAGCGGAGACAACUCCUGUGAAGAGGAGAUCCCCGAGGAAGCAUCAUCAGUCUCCUAGGAAGGAUCCUCGUGGUCACCUGGAUAAGGAAAACUGCCCCUCGCCACGAAAAUCCCCACGUAGACUAGCAGAUUCGCCGUCCAAAUCUCUUCGUAAUUCUCCCUUCAAACAAAAAGUAGUGUCUAGCUGCUUCUAUGGCAAACAGAAGACCAUCUAUCUCACUCCACUGGAGAGGAAAGCCAUCAAAGAUUCUUUACCCUCCCCUCCUCCCCCUCCUCCUCCUGCUCUCCCAUCGCCUCCUUCUCAGUCUAAAAAGCAACAGAGAAAGACCAAGAAAACUAAAGCAACAGGCACCAUCAAACGAAAGGCUUCCGUCGGAUCCAAAAAACCAGUGGAGACAGGAAUCAAAAGUUAUGUGACGUCUACAAAGAGGAUCAAACUUUCAAAACUGAACAGCAGUGACACAGGUAAACCUGCCACCACAACAACACCUGCUGCUGCUGCUGCUGCUGCCCCCACCUGGUUUCCAAAAGCUAUGGACACCAAGAAAGCCAUCACUGUCACCUUCAGCAGCAUGAAGCCUCGACCAAAGAUCUUCGUCGGCGCUGCCUUCUUCGCCACCGGGAAGAAACCGAGGUCCAUUUACAAGAAGUCUGCACCAAAGGCCUGCAGCAGACCAGCACCGGCAUCUGGGAAGAGUCAGGCAACAGCGCCACCACCGACAAAAAGUGAAAAGGCGGUACAGCAGCAACCUGCACUGGAGAUGAACCAAAAACAAAAACGGGAUGAAAAGCCCAGCGUCCAGUCGGUCAGAACUGAAGAGAAUGGUUCUAGCACCAAAAAGAGAACAAAGUUCAAUCCACAAGAGUGGAUGGACCUUUUUGAUGACGAGCCUCCGACUGUAGAGCCACUGAGUUCACCUAAAGAAAAACAUGUCAUCACCAAGAAGCUGCGUGUUGUGUUGACGAGGUGUCCACUGCCAACAGGUUCCUCCUCCAUCAACUCCCAGAAGGAAUCACAGACAGAAGGAGGUUCUGAUCCCGUCUUUGACCUGAGUGACAUCAGUCCCACCAGCAGUGGCUCCAACACUUCACAAACGUCUGCAGCAAUGUAUCCAAUCUUUGGCUCUGCCUCCAAAAGGUCAAAGAAAGCAUCUCCACAGGCCCAAGUGUGCUGCAGCACCCCCAAUGGCCCCAUCAUGUCAAUGCAGACUCCCUCUGCAGCUAAGGAGCGCAGCGUUCGUAGAAAAAAGGACAAACAAGACCACAAUCAGCUCAUCAUUGAUGCAGGUCAGAAGCAGUUUGGAGCUGUGACCUGCAGCUCCUGUGGGAUGGUCUACAGCAUUGACAACCCAGAGGACACUUUUCAACACACUCAGUUUCACCAGCGUUUCGUCGACUCCAUCAAAUUUGUGGGAUGGAAGAAAGAGCGAGUUGUGUCUGAAUUCUGGGAUGGGAAGAUUCUGCUGGUUCUGCCAGAUGAUCCCAAAUAUGCCGUGAAAAAGGCCGAGGAAGUGCGUCAGGUUGCAGACAGUGAGCUUGGUUUCCAGCAGGUGACUCUGAGCAGCCCCUCACAGGCCAAGACCUACCUGUUUGUCAACACAGACAGAAUGGUGGUGGGAUGUCUGGUGGCCGAGCACAUACGACAGGCGUACAGAGUCCUGGAGCAGCAGGACCAACACAAGGACAUGAGUAAAGAAGACUUCAUGGAGCGGCACAGAGCCUGGUGCUGCUCCACCUCCCCGGAACCAGCUCUGUGCGGGAUCAGUCGGAUUUGGGUCUUCAGUCUGGCCCGACGACAGAGCAUCGCCACACGCAUGCUGGACACAGUCAGGAGCACGUUCAUUUUCGGCAGUCACCUCUCCAAGACUGAAAUCGCCUUCUCUGACCCGACACCUGACGGUAAACUAUUUGCCAGCAACUACUGCAACACCCCUACGUUUCUCGUUUACAACUUCAUCUCAUGAGACGCAGAGAGAAGCCUAUGUUUAAGAACGUGUUCAUUUAGUAUUUACAGAUAUGUUUUAAAAUAUUUGAAUUCAUACGCAGCCAUAGCAGUAACUGCUAUUUGUUUUAAAUUCCAUAAAGAGCAGCUUUCACAGCAUUUGUAGGUUUAUAUUAUUGCUGAUCGUCAGGUGUUCAAAUGAUUAUCUUUAGUCCAGUCAAGAGAGUGUGUUCUGAUUCAACUUAAAACGUCUUCUGCUUAUUUUGUCCUUUAGACCAAACAUCAAAUGUUUGUUGUUGUUUGUAUUUUGGUAAUUGUAGAAUGAAAAUUGUUAAUGAACACUGAAACAGAGGCUGCGUUUGCUUUGCUGCUGAAUUAGUUUUCCUCCGAUUGUAAAUAUUAUAAUAAAAGUCAUGUUGCCCUUGAUUUGUUGA